AUGGCUACAAAUACUUCAACUGCGCAAGCUUGUCCAGCUUUUAUGAAAGCAACCUCUAAUGGAGUUUUCCAAGGAGAUAACCCUAUAGACUUUGCAUCAACUUUCUUCUCAUUUUCUGGGCACAAACACUCAAAAACACAACUCCAUGUCCAUCUCUCGUACUUACUUUCCAACCCCAUUCACCAGAUUAUCCUCCCGCAAGAAGUUUAUGACUUUACUCCGGUGUCGUCCGGAUACAGAUAUGGCCACGUGGUUUUUGAAACUGUGCAACAGCCACAUGAUGUGCCUUUUGGUUCUUACUUUGAGGUACAUGGGGCUGCAGAUGCUGAGAGAGAGAAUGAGAUACUAGUGAGAUACAAGGUUAUCGUGAUAGCAUUUAAUGGCCUGGAGGUUUUACUGAUACCUUGUUUGAUUACUGGUAACUGUCCAUUCUCUCUUAACUCUCUCUUAAUUUUUUCUAACGUGAAGUUGACUAGAAGUAACAUGAUCAAUGCUUGGUUGGUUUUAAUCACACUCACACCUAACGUGAUCAAUGCUUUGUUGGUUUUAGAUUAG